GUGGAAGAAAAUGGAUUAGGUUAAGAAAAUUGGUAAGAAGAAUAGACAAGUAGGUGGAUAGGGUUUUAGAAAAAGUAAGGGAAGAGAAGGCUGAUGCAAUACCAGUUGGCGAAGGCUUAUUUUAAUAUUAAGAUUUUAACGGAAUUUGGAAAGUUUUGGUCUUGAGGGAUUACCUGGAGUUUUUCAGUCAAGGCCUUAAGGGUAUAGUUAGAGGGGGGAAGCGCAGAAGUGAAGGGAUCAUGUGUCGAUAGGCCAUAGCCAUAAACGGAAGGACAGAAGAUUGAAUAUUUAGAGGAGAUGAGAGAUGGAAACAGAAGGUUGAAUACAGCGAAGCAGAUGAUUUUGCAGACCCACCCACACGGAUAUAUGUGUUUAUAAUAUGAAUAAAAAAAAGGUUGGUCUCCGAGUCUUUGAUAUUUCAUUGGACAAGCUUGUCUACUGUUGUCGUGCGUGCCCACACUAGCAGCUUUUUUGUCUCUCUCAUUUUCCCUUCUCUUCAUCCUUUCUUCAUCAAAGUAAUCUCUCUCUUCUCUCUUCUGUUAUUAUUAUUAUUUUUUUGUAUAUAUAAUUAUUUUGCUUCAAAGGUUUUUCUUUUCCUUUCUCUUUAUCUUUGUCUUUCCACCACCCUCAACAGUAAUGAUUUUCUCGUUACGGGUAUCGUUGUUGAGGAAUCUGAGGAGUUGCGGUUGUGAAAAAGUCGUAGUUAUAACGAUUGAAAGACAAAUAGAACAAGGUUAUUCCAAACGAAUACAAAUAUAAACUGCACGAGUGGUUGAGCCAAGAAGAGUGCUUCUGAUUGAUUGACGUGAUCAUCAUCAAACAAACGCUUAUUUUAACCCUUUUUCUUUCCGAUUGCUUCUCUAUCUUUGGCUUCUUUGGGUCUGUUGGUUUAAGUUCUACUUCUGGGUUCUUUUUUUCCUUUCUUUUUCGAUCUUUCUUGUUUUAUUUGGGUGUCUUUAGGAUUGUUUUCUUGUGAGUUUUAUCACCAUGUCUCAACCACGACAAUUUCAGAUGGUGGGUGGUAACAAUACAGGAGAAUACAAUGACACAACUUUUACCAAAAUCUUUGUUGGGGGUUUGGCUUGGGAGACACAAAGAGAUACCAUGAGACGCUAUUUUGAGCAGUUUGGAGAGAUCCUUGAGGCUGUUGUUAUCACAGACAAGAACACCGGGAGAUCUAAGGGUUAUGGCUUUGUCACAUUCAAGGAUCCAGAGGCGGCCAUGAGAGCAUGUCAAAACCCAUCACCUGUCAUUGAUGGAAGGCGGGCAAACUGCAAUCUUGCAUCCCUUGGUGCACACAAGACUCGUCCACCAACUCCUCAACAUGGUUCUGGGCGAUUUAGACCAACAUCUGGAUUGGCAGCUCCGCCUUCUUAUCAAGGCUUCUCAUCUGCAUACAUCAAUCAACCUACCAAUCAGUACACAUUUCCUUAUUCAUCUUACGGGUUUACUGGAUAUUCACAAGACACCAUGUACCCUUUGAACUACUACAAUCUUUAUGGCGGCCAACAAUUGUCACCUUACUUCACCGCUGGGUCACCAGCAAGUCCAGGAAUGUUCCAAAAUAUGUAUCCGUUUUAUGCUCAAUAUGCACAAAGUAGUCAAGCUCAAGGGUUUGGAAUUCAAUAUCCCCAAAUGCUGCAGUACCCAUAUUUGCCUCAGCAGUAUGGCACAACUGGAAUCCUGUCACUUCCCUCUUCUAUGCCAGUGACAACUUCUAGCACAGGUGUAACUACAACAACAAUCGGGGUGACUGCAACAGGAACAGGUGCUUCUUCACAAGCACCUGCAGCAACUUCUGAACAAAAUUCAUCCACCUAAUUGACCUUGAGAAACACAGUGUCUUCUUACAAGACUAACAAGAUGUGGAUAAAGGGAGAUGAGACUCUGAGCAAAGGGAAAAACAAAUGGAUAAGAAUAAACCCAUUAAUUAAAGUCACUGAUUCAGGAAAAGGAACACAAGAAUCAAGUAUCAGAAAAGUUCAUCCAAGGAAGGAAUAUAUUUGAGAUAUAAAGGCAUCGCCAGCUCCACUAACUUUCUUCAAUUCAAUCUUCAUUAAUGCCCAACAUUUUAUUGUCUUUAUCAUCAUUGUCUUCAUCAUCAUACAUGUUACAUUCAAUAGGACAAGGGAGUCUAAGUAGUUGUAGCAGUAGAAGAAGACCAUAUUCAUUUAUGUAUUAUUGUCAAUAGGGUAGAAGCUAAAUAUUGGCUUUGGAUUCUACCUAGGAUACUAAUUGUCAGACGAUUAUGCCUCGAUUGCAUACAGCAUCCGAAGACAUAACUCUUUUGUUUAUAUUUCAAGUGAUUGGUUCAAUAGAUUGAUUUUAUAUCUUUGAACCAAGAUUGAUUGGUCAAAGAAAUAGUAGGCGAGCUUGGAUAGCUUUACAAUUAACAUGUAAUUUCUUUCUUUCUUCA